CCUCCCCAGCCAUCGAAGAGGCGUACAGCGAUCAACAAGUGAAGUGGAUCUGAUCAAGAGGCACUUGAUGGCCCAUGAUGCAAUGGUUAUGGACUUUGAUACCUCGUUAAUGUUCCAUGCGCAGGUAAUGGAUGACAACGUGCGAGGAGUAUCAUAAAAGCACCUUAGCAAGAAGAUGAUGCUGAACGAGAGGCAAAUUUGUUGAUGAUCGAUAAGAGAUCGGUGAAGGGAGACAGCGCAAAAUGCAGGUUGCUUUGGUUAACAACAAAUCUUGUUUCAACACUGCUGUGGAACAUCAUCGUUCGACUGUGAUGUGCGAUUUCUACUUGAACCUCAAGCAAGGUGGACAGCUUGUAACACUGCCAGAUGAGCACUUCUUCCUGUAUGAUCCCGAUGUGCUGAAGACAUGAAGUGAACAAUGAUGAUGUAGUGAACAGCAGGUUUCGCUCUCGAGCAUCUCAAAAAUAUGCUUCUGCGUAUGCUUCUCCUUCGGUCCAGUAAUCAAGUUAAAUGAUCCAUAAAUAAAGGAUUGAUGAUUUCA